UACAACUCCUGAAUAAAAAACCUAGAGAGAGAGAGAGACGGAGGGAGAGUUAGAGUGUUGAAAUCUAAGGAGAAGAUGGAAGAAAGUGGAGUUGAAAUAGAAAAGAAAGAAAAGCGUAAAGAUAUCAGACGUUUUUAAUGUGAAUUUUGUGGAAUUUGCAGGUCUAAGAAAUGUCUAAUCGCAUCUCAUCUUCAAACUCACCACAAGGAAGAGAUUGAAAAGAUGGAAAUUGACGAAAAAGAAGAGGCCAAACCAAAUAAUACUUGUGAAGAGUGUGGUGCUAGUUUUCAAAAGCCAGCUCACUUGAAACAACAUAUGCAGUGCCAUUCGCUCGAGAGGCCAUUUAGUUGCCCUGUUAAUGAUUGUCACUCAAGCUACAGAAGGAAAGAUCAUCUGAAUCGCCACUUGCUCCAGCACCAAGGGAAAAUAUUCUCAUGUCCUGUGGAGGGCUGCAACCAGAAAUUUGCUUACAAAGGCAAUGUGAAGCGGCACAUAGAGGAUAUGCAUGAGGAUGAAGGAUCUUCUUCUUCUAAUAGUCAAGGUCAAACACAACAUAUUUGCCAAGAAAUUGGAUGUGGGAAGGUGUUCAAGUAUGCCUCAAGGCUGAGGAAACAUGAAGAGUCUCAUGUGAAACUGGAGUCUGUUGAGGCAAUCUGCUGUGAACCUGACUGUAUGAAAUAUUUUGCCAAUAAUGAUUGCCUUAAGGCUCAUGUUCAAUCAUGCCACCAACAUGUUCUUUGUGAGGUUUGUGGGACCAAGCAGUUGAAGAAAAAUAUGAAGCGGCAUAUGCGGGGACAUGAAAUUGCAGGCUCAACUGAAAGGAUAAAGUGCAGCAUCAAGGGUUGUGAAUGCACAUUUGCAACUAAAUCAAAUCUCAACCAGCAUGUCAAGUCCGUUCAUCUCCAGCUUCGACCAUUUGCAUGCCGGUUUCCAGAUUGCGGUCAAAGGUUUUCAUUCAAGCACGUGAGGGAUAACCAUGAGAAAUCUGGGUCUCAUGUGUAUGUCCAUGGGGAUUUCCAAGAGGCAGAUGAACACUUCCAAGCUAGAGCAAAGGGAGGGCGAAAGAGGACAUGCCCAACUGUAGAAACUUUACUAAGAAAGAGAGUUGUUCCACCCAGUCACACUGACUCAGCCUUGAAUUAUGGUUCUGAAUACCUUGCAUGGUUGCUUUCUGCAGAGGAUGACUAGUAGCACGUCACUGUUUAAUAACCUUACUUUUUUGUUUUGUUUAUAUGUAAAAAUCGACGUUUAUAAUUAGAAGUUAUUAUUUCUUCCCUGUAAUCCUGUCUUGGCUUUAGAUCUUCAGUAUAACCAAGUUCAUUCC